GCCUGGCGCGCAUGCGCUGCCGCCGUGACGGGGGCCGGUUCGGGUCUUCUAUCUGGACGCUACCUCCUUAGGCCGCGCUCCCCCCCUCCACCUCAAGUGGCGCGCACGCCAUCUUGUACCCCCCCUACCAGCCGAGUCACCUUUUCCCUCUCUACAUUCUCGGUCCCCCACCCCGUCCUCUGCCCAUCGUGUCCCGGGGCCGCCGCCGCCGAGACCGCGCCAUCUCUGUCCCCUGUCAUUUCUCCACGCGGGACGCGCAGCCGUGCCUCCAAGUGUCCUUAAGCAGAGAUGAAUAAUACUGCAGCUAGCCCGAUGCCGACCUCAACUUCAAGUAGUGGGAGAAGCACAGGGAAGACUGUCAGCUUUGCAGCAGAAGUGCAGAGUAUGAUGUUUUCUUUAGGUGAUGCUAGGAGGCCACUUCAUGAAACAGCAGUUUUGGUAGAAGAUGUGGUUCACACACAAUUAAUUAACCUGUUACAGCAAGCUGCUGAAGUUUCCCAGCUGCGGGGAGCAAGGGUAAUCUCUGCUGAAGAUCUUCUGUUUUUGAUGCGAAAAGAUAAGAAAAAACUUAGAAGACUUCUAAAAUACAUGUUUAUUCGAGACUACAAAUCAAAGAUCAUCAAAGGCAUCGACGAGGAUGAUCUUCUAGAAGACAAAUUGAGCGGUGGCAGCAGCACAAACAAAAGACAGAAAAUUGCUCAGGACUUGAUCAACUCUAUUGACCAGACAGGAGAACUCUUGGCAAUGUUUGAAGACAAUGAAGUGGAUGAAGUGAAGCAGGAAAGAAUGGAGCGAGCAGAAAGACAGACUCGAACUAUGGAUUCAGCUCAAUAUGCAGAAUUCUGUGAAAGCCGACAGUUAAGUUUCUCCAAAAAAGCUUCCAAAUUUCGAGACUGGCUGGACUGCAACAGCAUGGAGAUAAAACCCAAUGUUGUGGCUAUGGAAAUUUUAGCAUAUUUAGCAUACGAAACUGUGGCACAGUUAGUGGAUCUGGCUCUUCUUGUGAGGCAAGACAUGGUAAGCAAGGCAGGGGACCCCUUUAGCCACGCCAUUUCUGCCACCUUCAUCCAAUAUCACAAUUCUGCUGAGGGGUCCUGUAUGAAGUCCUGCCCAGACUCCCCUGAGAACACACCUCCUCCUACACCAACAGCUCCAUCAUCUGGAUUGCAGCAUUCAGGGAAAGCUACGUCAGGAUCCCUAGGGAAUGGGAGUACUGGACAAGACUCAGCUAAAACCAAGCAGAGGAAAAGAAAAAAGAGCACUGCGGCCUGUGGUGUUGAGGCUCACAGCGAUGCCAUCCAGCCCUGCCACAUCAGAGAGGCCAUUCGACGCUAUGGCCACAAGAUUGGCCCCCUGUCCCCAUUCACAAGUGCCUACCGCAGGACUGGGAUGGCUUUCCUAGCCUGCUGAUGGGACCAGCAGAGACUGUGCCUACAAGAAAGAGAAUGUUACACCCAGGUGAUCCUUUCCCCUCCUGGCAUAAAAUAAAAUGCGAGUUUACCUUCUCCUGUC